AUGGCAGAAAAGGUGCUUCACCUCGCUCAGGAGUUACUGGAAAUCAUAACGGGUCGAGGUCCUCGGCCUGUAGAUGCUAACCUGCUCUGGGUCCCCGAUGAGUAUUUUCGAUAUGGGCAGCUCUCACUUGAAGAAAUAGAAGAGGAAGAUAAGAAGUACAUCCUUGAGCGCGAUAGUCUUGAACAAUAUGGGGGUGAGGAAGCUGAGUUUGACGAAGUCUCGGAAGACGAUGGAGAUGGGUCGGGUACUGCUACCAAGGCAAGCGAGAAGAUAUGGGAAGACAAGGAGAGCUUCCAGGUACAUCACGUCAACUUCUUGGUGCACAACUUCUCCAACGAGCAGCUUGACGAACUCAUUAGGUCUAUGCUGUGCAAAUACAACCCGAGAGGAUCUCAUAGCAUGUAUCAAAUUAUUCAGACACGUCGUUAA